AUGCCUCCCCCUGCUCCAAACUAUGCAGUUUCUCCUUCCAAGUCACUCUCUUCAUGGGGGACCGUGGUGACUUGGUUAGCUACUGCUGCAAUAGAUGCUGCCACCUUCCCACAGCAACAUGCGGUGUAUGCUGCUGUGGUGGCUGCUGCUGCUGCUGCUGCUGCUGCUGCUGCUGCUGCUGCUGCUGCUGCUGCUGCUGCUGCUGCUGCUGCUGCUGCUGCUGCUGCUGCUGCUGCUGCUGCUGCUGCUGCUGCUGCUGCUGCUGCUGCUGCUGCUGCUGCUGCUGCUGCUGCUGCUGCUGCUGCUGCUGCUGGUGCUGCUGCUGGUGCUGCUGCUGCUGCUGCUGCUGCUGCUGCUGCUGCUGCUGCUGCUGCUGCUGCUGCUGCUGCUGCUGCUGCUGCUGCUGCUGCUGCUGCUGCUGCUGCUGCUGCUGCUGCUGCUGCUGCUGCUGCUGCUGCUGCUGCUGCUGCUGCUGCUGCUGCUGCUGCUGCUGCUGCUGCUGCUGCUGCUGCUGCUGCUGCUGCUGCUGCUGCUGCUGCUGCUGCUGCUGCUGCUGCUGCUGCUGCUGCUGCUGCUGCUGCUGCUGCUGCUGCUGCUGCUGCUGCUGCUGCUGCUGCUCUGCUAUUGCUGCUGCUCUUGAGGCUGCUGCGGUGCAUGGGCUGGUUUGUUAGGGUGUAG